ACUCAGCGAACAGAAGCAAAAGUUUUAUUGCAUUUUCUCUCUGAAUUUGAAGAAGACGGACGCUAGCAUGAAGACAAAAGCUGUGUUGGCACUUGUGAUAUUCUGCUUUGUGCAGGGAUUAAAUGCGGACACACUACUCAAGCGAAGUUCUUUGCCCGAAGAGGGAAAUUAUAACAUUCUUGGCAAGUUGCAGGAUGAUAAACAGGAAUUCAAAGAUAAAGUAAAGGAACUUGUUGUUAACUUGACAAAACUGCAAGAGCAAAGUUCAGAAUUUCUUAACAAGUUACAGGACGAUAAACAGAAAUUCGAUGAUCAGAUAAAAGACAUUGUCACUCAGCAGGAUUAUCGAGAAACACUCAUAUUUGGAGUACCACAAGAAGAAUAUUCUGAAUUACUAGAAAAGAUAAGAGACGAUAAACAAAAAUUUGAUGAACUCAAAACUGAAGUCCAACAAAAACUCCAGGAAAUCAAAGAUAGUCUUCAAAUCCACCCACAAAACAGAACCACAAAACGUGAUUUAUCUGUCUACGUAAGUGAAGACGGCAUUAUCAGCAUUCUUCUGGGUGGACCGGCAGCAUUAGUCACCGCGUUUAAACAGAAAGUCAGCGAAUUUGAAGACGAUGCCAAAGAACUGCUCGAUACAUUUAUCAGUUCCUUUGAUGGCAUAUCCGACAUUUCGGGAAAAAUAAAGAGCAUUGUGAAUGACUUUGUCCAAGCGAAUCUUACCGACUCUGAAAUUGCAUCUGCAGCCUCCAGUUGCUUCGAAGCUCAAGAAGACGCUAUAAGUAACCUCGUCAAACUAACAGUGAGUCAGAUCCAAACCAAAGUAGGAGACGAGUAUCAGAAUCUUGUGUCUGCAUACGACUACAUUAAAGAUAUCGGUAAGAAGAUAGAGGAUCUCUUGAAACAGACGACUCAGAACACCUCUUCAUGCGUUUUGUCAUUUAAAUGCAUCGCAAACCUGAGUGACUCUAUAGUUUCACAAAUACUCGACUUCAGUAACGGAGUACUCGAUAAAACUCCAAUUCUGCAGUCUUUCAAGGACGAUGUGUUGCCCGAUCUGGCCAGCUUUAUCGCGUCUCUUGAGCAGUCCGCCCAGUCCCAAGGAUCGGACAUAGCACAACAGACCAUCGAGUGUAUCAACGGAAAGACGUCUGGGGUCGACUCAACUCCAACAACACAAUGAUUUCCUUACCUCUAGUUUCUCGUAUAUAUGAAUUUAAUGAAAGUAUGAUUUGUCUUCACUUUAUCUUAUAUUCUCAAAACCUCUUGAGGCACAGUCUGUUUUAAUAAUACUAACCCAUUUAUUGCCAAUAUCAAGUACACUAGUUCCCCAGGUGUUGUGUUUUAUCUCCUUUUCAGUCCAAAUUACGUUCAUUUGCACAGUACCAAAUGAGCUCAUUAGCACAUAUGCGAUGUGAAGACUGAAUUUUAGUGCCAUAUUUUUCAAAAAUGUAUUUGAAAAGACAGGAUUUAAACUGAGGUCGAGAUUCAGCUAGUUCAGGAUAGGCUCUGAUGUCAGUUCAAGUGAGCACAGCGACGGGUUACUUAAAUUUAAGAAUAUUAUUGAGUGACUGACAACAUUUAUCCUGCACUGUAAUGUCGUUAUUUUAAAUUACAUCAGGCAUUUCCCCGAAGAAACAGAAACUGCAGAAGCAUAGAAUAAUAAUAUAUCAGUUUAAAUCUUACAAUGACCAAUCAAGUAGGUUUUGUUCAUAAACAUAUCGAAAUUACCGUGAUUAAAAGAAUCAGGAGUUUGAAUUCGAAAAGGCAAAGUAUGGAAAGUGUCUUUUAAUUGACAGUACUAAAUAUUAAAGUUAUUUGGAGUAGAAGUUGGUAUUACUGAGCGAGAAUUCUCUUUCGUGGUGCAAAAAGCGUUAAACGUUUUGGUCAGGAGUGUCUGAAAAUACAGCAAUGAAAAGGUUAUGCUGACAUUAAAGUGUGGUCUGAAAUAAGAAUUAUGAGUUUUAUUUCGUAGAAAGCAUAUUAUGGACUAAGCGACACUUCAGUCACAUAAACAGGUUUGUGUCCAUAAAUGUCAAGUCUCGUCUCGUCUUCGGGUAUUAGCAACUAACUUCCUGUACCAGCCUCAAAUUGCUCUUCACAUUCGUCUCGGUCUUCCUCUAAUUCUUUUUUCCAGUCUGUGAUUCCAUGCUAUCUUCGUCCACGUGUCUCCAUCCAUUCUGUCACGUGCAUGGCUUUCAAAUCUCUUCCUGCACUUAGCAAUCUCUUUAGCUGCUAUCUACCCUGAGGGUUUCAUGUACUUAUGCUGUCCAUAUAUUCGGGUUCGCGUGGAGAAGUUUUACAGCUUGAAGUGAUUUGUAUUCAAAAUUAGGAAAGAAAGAAAUGUUGAAAGAUUAAUUAGACUUGACAGAAUUUCAGAUCUGUAAGUCUUAAGCAUGAAGAUCAUGCAAGUAAUAUUUAAAAUGUUUCUUAGUACCUGCAAGAAAACACAGGGUAUCUCCGUUUCAUAAAUAAAUUAUGUCUGCUCUUACAACCAAAUGUAAAACAUAGUAUGUGGACAAAAAAUAUCGUGACUGAAUGUUGAAGCAGACGUACGCACAAAAUCAUUAGAUUAAGGAUACAUACUGAUGUAGUAUUUAAUUUUCAUGACUAAUUAAAUUGAUUGUGCUGAGAGCAAAUUAUAAAUAUAUAAGUUAUUACUUCUUGUUUCUUAUAAGUUUCCAUUUUACACUGUCUUCAGAUUUGCACAUUCCACAAAUAAAGUAUGCUUCCCCUAAAAGCAUAAAAAGAUUA